AUGUCCUCCAAUCCCCUGAAUCCUUGGUCGGACUCGGGGUCCCGUAGCACCUGGAAUGAGAAAGACGAAAUACUUUCAAAUGUCCAUUCGCGCACAUUCACCUCAGACAAGUACCUUCGCGGCAGCACCCUGGGUCAGGGAGCCUGGUCUGUCGUCUAUAAGGUCAAGAGGGUUUCAGAUGGCAGGCUUUUUGCUGCCAAAUCAGCUAGUGACGAUAAACAGCUAUACAAUGAGAUGAAGAUGAUUACCGAGUUCAGUCAUAACAAUUUCCUCCAAUUUAUCGAGCUUCACCAGCAGGGUGAUGCCGUUGGGGCUAAAAUCCUCAUCACCGAGCUUUGUGAAGGAGGAGACCUGAGCACGUAUAUCUGGCACGCUCCCGGCGGCAUGGACAUGGUGGAGAUUGUCCUCGUUAUCAGCCAAAUGUCGGAUGUGCUCGCCUUUCUCCAUGGGAUGAACUACUAUCAUUCCGACGUCAAGCCUAAAAACAUUUUUAUCCGGCGUUUCAACCCCAUAGAGGUUGUUCUGGGCGAUUGCGCAGACUGCCGCACGGGAACGCAUAAAUACUGGUCUCCAGACAUGGCGGCGCAUAUCCCUCACGACGGCAGGGCAGACGACAUGUGGGCUCUCGGAAUCAGCGUGCUCAGCAUGAUGGUUCAGCUACCCCAUAUGAAACGCAGAAACAGAAAUACCGUAAAGAAAGACGUGUGCAAUUUCGUCGACGAGUGUGGCUACCACGCACAGUACCUCGAGGGACUGAAUCCCGAAAACAGACUUGUGAAGCUCGCUUGCCAGAUGCUGGUUUUUGAUCCCGAAUUCCGCAUUACGGCGGCUGAUUGCAAUCAGCAAGCCAUGGAGCUUUUGGAGCACUUGGAUAAGGAGGGAGAUGAGUCUAAGGGAAAGGGCACAGAGGGACUGGGAAUUCAAUCGCCACCGGAUUUCAAGCCCGCCUCCUUCUAG